AUGUUGCGAAAUAGAGCACGAAGGGAUACUACUACAUUACCUUUUCGUAUUCGAAAUAAUUUUAGAAGGCAACCACAAGGUACAAUAGUACCACCAAAUGAUGAUAAUGGUAGUGACAAUUUUGAUAAUAGUAAUGAACAACGAAAUAAUUAUAAUGUUGAUAUGCAAUUAGAAAAUGAAGAAUAUGACGAUGAUGAGGAUGCAGGAAAUGAUGAUAUUUAUGCAACAUCAUCAGAAAAUAGUGAUAAUUAUACAGCAUCUUCAGAAAACGAAGAAUAUGAUGAUUAUGGGAAUGCAGGAAAUGAUGAUUAUGCAACAUCGUCAGAAAAUGAUGAUAAUUAUACAGCAUCUUCAGAAAACGAAGAAUAUGAUGAUUAUAAUAGCGAUACAGGAAGAACAUCUCUAGAAGGUGAAAACCAUGUUUAUGCAUCAUCACAAAGUGAUACAACAACAUCUUCAGAAAGCGGAGAAAAUAUUGCUAAUCCCUCAUCAGAGGAAAAAAUAUUCAUUGAUAGAGCGCUAGAUGAAAGCAAUUUACCAAAUUUUAAUGGCAAUUUUGCACUAUAUUUCCAAGAUUUUACUACUGCUGCUUUAUUUUGUUGGAUUCAUAAACAUGAUAUCUCAACAAAUGCGUAUGAAGAUCUUGUUGAUAUUAUUAUGAAUCAAGAAUUCAAUAGGAAUCAUAUUGUAAGAAAUAUCCGAAGAUUUCGAACAUGGAGGCAACAUCUUCCUCUUCUUUCAAUAUCUGCAAAAUCUAUCCCAAUUUCAUCAAAAAAAACACCAUCAACUUCUAAAAACUCAAAAUUAGCAUAUCAACUUUCAAUAAAUGAUAUUAUUUGGCAUGUCCUUAGUAAUCCAUCAUUAGUUAAUAAUAUGUAUUUUGGUCCAGGUAUUCAUUCAGAAAUAAAAUCUGAAUACUGGCAUGGAACUUUAUGGGCAGAAUCACCCCUUUUUGGCCAAGAACAAUUAACAAUAUUACAAGAGACAUAUAGAUGUGGAGAUUUUUUUUAUUAUUAUGAUAAUGACAAUAAUGAACAAUUUCACCUUGCUUUUAAGGGAGUACUAAGAUGGAACCGUUCUCUUACUGGUGAAGUUUGGUUACAAGACCUAUCUUUUCAAAUAAUUGGAAUAUCACAAAUUUCUAAAAAAGCUACUGUGAUGAUGAUAUUCCAGCAUAAUCUCAUUCCUGAAGAAACAUUGCAUAUUACUGAAAUAGUUUAUAGACAUAAUAGUUACUGGCGCAUUCGUAAUGUAGAUUUUUCAUAUAAACAUCCUGCUGAUUAUAUCAUAACAAGACUACCACCAUCUCCUUCCAUGAAAGUCUGCAAACUAUUUUUGGAUCUUUAUUAUGAUGAUUUUGGCACAUACCGAAAUGUCUACCAUUCAUUAUGA